UGGGAUUGCACCUGGGGCCAGGAGGCCGAGACUCAGGCCUUAUGGGGAGGGCGGGUUUGCGCCUGCGCCGGGGACCUUCCGAACGUCGCCAUCACCUGGGGCUGAGGGGACGUCGGGGAUAAUCAAGCAAAAGGAAAAAUGAACACCAUCUGUGGCCUACAGUCUUCUAGUAGAAACUGUGUUUUCUUGCAGUUAGCUUCACCGACUAACUGGAGAAACUCUCCUAGAGCAUAUUGGUGGCUGACUUCAAAGAGUCCUCAUCAGGUGCUAGUGAACCACGUGGCAGACAAAUGCCAGGGACAGAGCCUGAGGAGGAGCCCUGGGCUCACUUGUUUACCGAGGGUAAGUUCUCCCUUCUCUAGGACCUGUAAGAGCGGCCAAGGAUGGCUUUUCAGUGCCCAAAGCGGAGAAACAUGGAAGAAGAUGAGCAGCUGCCCUGGGUGGCCCUACUGCUCUUCGAGGCAGAGAUCGCUGGAGGGAAGUGCCAUCCUCGGGCUCUCCCGCUUCGUCCCUGGGAAGGGGAUCAGAGACGUCAGCAGUCUCCACACGUCAUCGAGGCUCCGGGCUGCGCCCGCUCCUCUUCUCUGGCUCAUCCUGAAGCCGGCACAGAAACUUCUUGCCAUCGUUGUUGGCAGGGGCAUAAGAAAAUGGUGGCAGACCCUUCCUCCCAACAAGAAAGAGCUAUUUAAAGAAAGUGUAAAGAAGAAUAAAUGGAAGUUAUUCCUGGGCUUGAGUAGUUUGGGAGUGUUGUUUGUUGUCUUUUAUUUUACUCACCUGGAGGAGAGUCCAGUCACAGGACGGAAAAAGUUACUAGUGUUGGGGAAGGAGCAAUUCAUGAUGUUAUCGCAAAUGGAAUAUGAUGCAUGGAUGGAAGAAUUUAAAAAUGACCUGCUGACCGAGAAAGAUCCCAGGUACCUGGCCGUAAAAGAAGUUUUGCAGCGUCUGGUAGAAAGCAACAAAGACAUCCCGGGCAUCUCUGACUUCAGGUGGAUCAUUCACAUGGUGGAUAGGCCCAGCAUAAAUGCCUUUGUCUUGCCCAAAGGGCAGGUGUUUGUUUUCACGGGACUCCUUGAGGCAGUCACUGACAUUCACCAGUUGACUUUUCUUUUGGGCCAUGAGAUCGCUCACGCAGUGCUCGGACAUGCUGCAGAGAAGGCCAGCCUGGCUCAUCUGUGGGAUUUUCUGGGUCUGAUUUUCCUCGUGAUGAUUUGGGCCGUCUGUCCUCGAGAUAGUUUGGCGGUUUUGUCACAGUGGAUCCAGUCUAGACUGAAAGAGUAUGUGUUCGAUAGACCCUAUAGCCGCACCCUGGAGGCGGAAGCGGACAGAGUCGGAUUGCAGUUUGCUGCAAAGGCUUGUGUGGAUGUCAGAGCAAGUUCAGUGUUUUGGCAACAGCUGGAAUUUGCAGAUAGGAUUCUGGGUGAGCCUAAGUUACCAGAAUGGCUGUCAACACAUCCCUCCCAUGAGAACCGAGCUGAGCACUUGGAACGGCUCAUACCUCAGGCCAGCCCCCUGCCUGCGAUGUGCCUGUCCUCACCUCGACCUUUUGGACCUCUGGCUUCCUUCAAGGCUCAGCUCCCGCCAGAGGCCUCUCCUGAUAUCCCAAGGGAAUCCAUCUCUUAAAACAAAGGAUAUUUUUUUCCUAAGUGAGAAAAGGAGAAAAAAAAUGAAUAACACUCAUCAACAUAUUGAAAACAAUCUGAGGUGAUUUGCCGCAUUCCACACCUCUGGGCCCCAGCGUCUCCAAAGGAGCACAGCCAGGUGUCUUCUCGUGCCUCUCCUUUGGAAUUGUUUUUUCUUCAGAAUUUUGGACUCUUCAGUUUUGAUGGUUUUGUGAUUGUUGUUUUUUUUCCAUUUACUAUUGUUUUCCUGGCUCUACUUAUGUUACCUUGCAUGAAUUUUGUAUUCAUCAUGCUUAUUGUUUUAUCCAGCAUAUUACAGUCCAUCCUAUUCCCUCCCUUCCUAGCCCAGCCCAGCCCACAGCCCAUGCCAUCCCUUUCCAUUCAUUACCUCACCACCAUUGGUUUAACUGUUCCUCAGUUGAUGGACAUCUAGUUUGUUUCCAGUUCUUCGCUAUACUGGUUCAAUAUUAAUGCAGUCUUUAAAGCUGCAGGAGCCUUCUGUUUUGCUAGGAUGGUCCCCCUUUUAAAUUUUCAAUCAUUGAACUAAAAUCUUUGAAAAUUCUUCUUUGAACUGGUUAACAAAUGCCAAUUCGUACUGAAAGCAGAAGUUCCAAGUGGUAAAAUUUCACCAAAAUAUAUUUACAGGUGAUCGCUGGGGACCUUGAAAAUGUGCUUCAUUGCCACUUUCAGACAGAAGAAUUCUUUAAGAUAAGAAUGAUUUGAUUAGAGAGUCCAGAGAAAAAUGAUUGCAUAACUGUAUGUGUUGGGGAUUGGUAAUGAAGGAAAGAAUUGGAGACAAAUUCCUUUUAAAACAAACACAUAGUAUGGAAACAUAAUUUUGAAGCUUGAUGUAAUCUUUUUCUAUUUUUUUCCCAAGUGAUUGAAUUCAUUUUGAAUGUGAUAAAACUCUAUUAUAGCAUUGGGAAUGAUUUAGUGGUUGAAGUGAAACUGAUAUUUAGUACAAGAGUAUGUUGUUAAUUACAGUACAUAGUUAGAACUCAAAGACUGGAAUUCCCUGCAAACAUAAGACUAAUUUUU